ACUUUAAUCUUAACUUUUGUCUAGCUCAUGCCAGAAAUCGCAAAUGUCACAGUCUUAUAUAAAAAAGCUUAUACAUUUCUUUCGUUGUUUUAAAUAAAACGUUCUACUGGUUGAAUAUAGAUACAAAUAUUUCUCAAUCGAUGCGAUUCGUUUAGCAGAUGGUAAGCAUUCCACAUACAUGUAAUUAUUCUUAAUUAUUGUGUUUGUAUAUAUUUGUUUUCUUCCUGGGAGACAUAAUUCAUAUUUACCCAUGGAUUAGAAGAUUGAGACGUUGCAUGUGAUUCGAAAGUAAACACUACAUACAUUAUACACUCAUGACCAACAUUCUUGUGUUUGCUUUCGACAACACUUAGACCUGGAAUAUAUAAUCUGCAUAUGGACUCUACAGAACUGUGAACACAAUGGCAAAUAGUUAACGAGUUUUUAAAUUGAUGUCCAAAUAUACAUGGCCGGUACAAACAUUUGCGGUCACUUAAAAAUGGCAAAAUAUGUGUCGAUACGUUGUUCAGUGACUUAAAUAGUAAACACAUACAUUAUUAAACAAGUAUGUCAAAGAAAUUUGAAGAUAACGAACAGUUUCGUAAUUGGAUCAAGGGAGUGCUUGGUAUUGAUUGUCUGCAUGAUGGGCUUGUCGAAUUUGUUGACAAGGAAACAGAACGCCAAUGGGGCAUUAACGUUCAAACAAUACAAAACAGAUGCAAACUUAAGUCGUUUGAUUGUAAAGAGUGCACGAUUGUAAACCUAUUACCAGACCACGCAGGUGGUUCUUGCUUGAAUAAAAAUCCAGAUGAAUGCAAUUGUUCAAAAAGAAGAAAAAAGAAUAAAAGAAAAUGUCCUUUGAAUGGUGCAUGUGGAAUAUUUUAUGACAUGGUGAUUGGCGAACAUGUUAAGAAACAACCGAAAUGGGACAAUACAAAGGUCGAGAAUUGGCGAAACAACCAUUGGGAAUACGCCAAAUGCUUCAUUCCUGGUCACGGACACAUCGAUGACGAUACAUCUGCCAAUACCGACACAGCAGCUUUGCUAAGCAUUUGUCUCAACAACAAUGACAUACGUGGACUACUGGGGGAUCCUGGUACAUUAGAAAAGUCCAAAUCCAACAGGAAUGAAUUGCUUCACUCCGGAAGGAUGGAAAUUACAAAAGAAAAACUGGCUGAAGUGCUUGCAAAUAUGAAGGCUGUGCUAUCAACAGACGCUUUUUCUGGUUACGCUUGUGCCAGAUUAGCAAUAGACAGCAUUGAAAAGCUAGAAAGAGAUGAAAUCAAAGUUACGAUUCAAACAGAUAUUACAGCUAGAAAAACAGCCUUAAAAUCGAUUGUAUCUAAAAAGAAAGAAAUUGAAAACGAAAUAAAGGACAGAGAGGAUGAAGUAAAUAAAGGGAUUGAAGGGGACAGAGAAAACAAAGAUUCUGGAGAAAUGUCAAUUAAUGAUCUGUACAAAGAGACAGCAAAACUAACGAAGGCAGAGGAAGAUCAUACCACCAGCAUUUCGAAGCAUUUAAACACAUUAAAGGACGAGGUCAAGGCGAUGCAACUUUCCAUUCAAAAUCACGAGGAUGACUUAAAGGCUAUAACUGAGGGACUUUCUUCGCAGAGCUGUCUGCUGAAAACAAUGAGACAAGACCAGAUAGAGCACGGAAAAGAAUUAAAAGAUACGCAUGAAGAUCUGAAGAAAGUUUUAGUUGGAAUCGAAAGUUUAGGAAAGACGAAUUUUGUGAAAGAAUUUCCGCUUCCACGUAUACGGGUUGUUAUGGUCGUGAAAAAUGUUGACGGGACAAAAGAGAAAAUAGUGAGCGAGUUUUUAGUCGAAGUUGGUAACAGCAUGCGGACAAGCCUUUCUGUUGCCAACAAGCAAUGGGAGCCAGUGGAAAGGGUUUUCCUUUCUGUCCUGCACGAUUUAAACGAUGGUACGGAAGACGUGCUGGAGCUUGAAAGCGAAUGCGUAGCAAUUUACAUACAGUGUUAUUCCCUGCAAGCUCUCGUUCAACUUUGUCGAGAGGCCAUGCAUGGUGCUCUAACGAACCGCUUUCGGCCAGUUGAAGAAGAAGUCCUAAAAAUUCAUGGCUUUAGUCAGGUCCGGUUCGAGGUUGUUAUCUUUGAGAAAGACUUCUUGUUUGUAACAAGUACCAUCUUGCGAAGGGCCAAAAAUAAGUUGGCGAUGCUAGAUAACAAAACACAAACGGCAGAUACCUAUGAACACGUGCGUAGAUUGCUCAGUGUGCAUAUGCCUCCACAUGCGGGGCCAUGUAAUGAAGCCUCCGAUGAUCAGAGUGAAGGUGAUGGAACAAGUGUGAAUGACUCUGAAAAGGAUUAUCAUGAGAAAAACGGAGCGAAAACAGACAAUUAUUCAAGUGAAACAAGUCAUUCAGAAAUUGAAGAUCUGGCUGACGAUGAAGAAAUUGCUACUUUAGAAGAUACCUGCAACGUUCAAGAAUCCUCAGAAUUCCAGAGUGAAACAGAGGAAGGAAUUCCUGACGCAACUGAACACCAGUAUGAGCUUGGGUCUGUUACUAUAGACCGGACAGAAGAGACAGAUUAUAGAGACGAGAUAUCAGUCCUACAGAAGGGAUCCGUGAAUCAGUUAUCUCCGACAACUUGUCCUCUUCCUAGCUGCAAUGAUGAUAUGCUUGAAGAUGUGGCAUGCGAAACAAUCACAACCGUUGAAAGUGAGUCAGACGAUGAAUCUUUUGCUGCGAAAGACCCACGUACCGAUAACGCCCAUGUGCUUGACUACAAGGCAAAGGGGAUUGAAUCUUUAACUGGGACAGUCACACAUAUGAAAGAAACACCAUUUACUCGGGAUGAAGCUGCAAUAGAAUCAUCAAUCGACAAAAACGAUGUACCAUGCAAUCAUAACGAAGUUGGCACAGCGUUAUCAGCGGAAGUUGGAUUAAUGCCUAAGCAUAGUUGUGAGCAGUCUGGGAUUGAAGAUUUAACUGACGAAACACACGACUACUCUAAAGCUGUCGAUGAAGAAUUAAAGACCGAUCCCUGUCUAUCUCAGUAUGCAACUGAAGUAGACGAGCGCGCAAAAGGGUUAAUAACUGGCUUUACGGAAUCACCAUGCAAUCAGAAUGGAACUAUCAAAGAUUCUUUAGCGGCAGCUCACUGUUUACCAUAUCACGAGUCUGAUGAGGUUGACGUUGAGGAUAACACAAACGAAUCGCCGCCUGCCAUCCAUGAAUCACCAACAUCUGCCUUACUGCCUAUGCGCGAAUUCGUGGUUGAUUCUCAGAGGAAAGAGAUGUUCGGCGAAAGCAGCAAAACAUCAGUAUCAGAAAUUUCCACAGAACUUGCGUGUUUUACAUCAACCGGCAUUCAGCCAAAGAAUGAUGUUGACACUGUUGACGAUCAGGCGGAAGAAGCAGUCAUGAGCUUAGGCAAUACUUUCGACAACGCACAGCCACAGAGUGAAGACCAAGUAGAGCAUCGUAAAUGCCUUAAGGAACCAUCCAAAGAAAUGAUCGAAACUGAAGAGGUGAUAACAAGUUAUUCUGAAUUUCUAAGCAAAACGUCAGACGAUCAAAAUCACGAUGGACCAGGAAUACCAGGUGAUGAUGAUUGUGUCGGAGGAAAUUCAAUUUUGACAUACAGUAAUGAGUCCGUCGCGCAUGAUGCAGGGGGCGACAAAGAUACGGGCUAUGAUAGACAGGAUGUUAGUGGUUCUGGUGGUGAAACGCAUAAACCGAAACGUUCGGUUUCGAUAGAAGACGAUCUGAAAGAUUAUUCAGACAUCACUGCUUUAGAAUAUACACCCCAAACUCAAAGAGAACGAGAAUGUGUGCUAUGUGGUGUUCGAUUGUCAAACAUCGUAGAAUUCAAGAAACAUUUACGAACAAAAUCACAUGUUGAAAACGUCCGCAAGGAUAAUGAUGGAAGGGAAAGAUGGAGUUGCAGGUCCCCACCAAUUGGUAGAAAGGAAAAUUAUUCCCUUUGCCCAAGAAAUAAAAACGGCACGUGUCCCUAUGGCAACCAGUGCACCGAACCGCAUUCGAAAAAGGAAUGUGAAGAAUGGACUGAACGAAUAGGUCAUAGAAAGAGGAUCAUUCGCUUCUUGUCGGAAAACCUAGAGAAACCGGAUUUGGAGAAUGAUAUUUCAGACAUGUUAUCGACAAACACAAUGAAAUCACCGAUUUUGGACUUUGCCGUCGUGAAAAUAGACAAAGAUCAACAUUUACGUGACAACAAGAAAAACUUAAAACAUACAUGGAAUGUAUCUGUUGAAAGUGAAUACGCACUUAAAAGAAUUAGACUUGUGGAUCUCAAUUAUGACGUUUACUUUUGCAUCGGAAAAGUACAUGACAUUUCUUCUGGAUAUAUUUGUGACACCUGUGACGAUAUGCAAGAGUGGACAAAUCCCCGAUAUGUACAAAGCUACAAACACAAGUUUAAAUACAACAUCAAGAUCCAAUUUUCAGCAGAUAUAUAUGGAUCGUUUCAACAAAAGCUCAAUAUAGAGUUUGGACGCAAACAAGUAAUUACAAAAGAAUUUGCUGUGGAAACUUUGCAAGAAACCGAUAUAGAAGAAGUAAAGAAAGAGUAUAAAAUUAACGAGUCAAAGAGAUGGUCGAAAGACGAUGUCCAGGUCGUACCAUUCAAGCCAAUUAAAAGAUCGGAUGCAAAAGCCGAACAAGAAUUGCUCCAGAAUUAUCCAUUGAGAGAUAUCAUGUCGGAUAACUUUUCUAAAGAUCUGACACCAAGUCCUACGAAAGAUAACUACAAACCGUGGAUGCAUAUGAUGUUGUAUGUCGAGGAACACGAACGGCUCAAACAAAUCUCAAAAUACAACAUGAUAACAACAUUGAAAUUAGAUGACGGCUUGCCGCCGCUAACAUCGACGGACGGAUACAAAUAUGCUGAACCGGGCCAUCUCUUUGCUCGUAUUCAGUUUAAAGAAAAAUUAUCGUUAGAAAGUCAGGCGGGAAGGCUUAUCCUUCAAAACACCAAUACAGUUUGGUUGUCACCCACCUCCUUGAACUCGAGUGAAGAAGAAAAGAAGGUAUACGAGACAAAAUUAGAAUAUCGAGAGGCAGAUAAUAUUGAUGUCGAGCUAUCUGAACAGUGUGUGUUAGAUCUACAAUUGAGAAAGGGUCAAGCCUUAGAAGUCGAGGUUCAAAUACAACUAAACCGCGUUCAUUUGUGUGAGCUACACGAGGCAGUGGAAGAAAUACAGAUUUCCGAUCUUGUUUGCCCUGAAGAAUUUCCUCCUCUUGUUGUACAUAUUCCCGCAGAAUCACGGACGUCAAAAAAAUCUUAUUCGCAAUUGAAACAAUGUAACGACAACCAAUGGGAUGCUGUUGCAAAGUGCGAAAGUCCCACGCAACAGAAAUCUCCCCCGUUGCUGAUUGUUGGGCCAUUUGGAACCGGAAAGACAUACACAAUCGCCCAAUGUACUAAACAUGUCCUUCGUACCCCUGGAAAUAGGGUGCUCAUUUGUACACACUCAAACAGCGAAGCAGAUAUCUAUAUUCGAGAUUAUUUUCAACAUAUUUAUCAAGAGGGCAAUGUGGAGGCAAAACCUUUGCGAAUAUACUACCAGGAAAGACGAAUAGAAACUGUAUCGGCUGAUGUUCAAAAAUUCUGUUUACUUCAAACGGAUGAAAUGUCCGCUAGGGUCCGUUUUCGGGCUCCAAAUGAGAAGGACAUCGAAGACCAUAGAGUGAUUGUUACCACAAUGGGAUCGUCAAAACUAUUGACUCGCUUGAAACUCAAAAGAGGUUACUUCACUCACAUUUUUCUUGACGAGGCGGCGCAAGUCCUAGAAAGCGAAACUCUUAUACCGCUGUCCUUGUCUGGCACAUACACCAGGGUUGUUUUGGCGGGUGACCAUAUGCAGAUGAGUCCCGAGUUGUUUUCCAAAUUUGCCAAACAAGAACAAUUCAGCACUUCCUUACUGGAACGGCUGUACAACAAGUACCCAAAAGGUUCACCGUACACGAUAAUGUUAUGCAAGAACUAUCGCACGAAUCAACAUAUCAUUGAAUUUAUGUCGAGGACUCUCUACGACAAUAAAGUUGUUGCAGAAAAAAACCCACCCCAACAUCCCCAAUUCUACCCUUUAACGUUUUACACGGCCAUGGGUAGAGAAGUAUGUAAUGGUAUAAAACAAGGAUACUAUAACCAAGCGGAGAUUUCCGAGGUUACAGACCAUGUUCGUUUUAUACAAGCAACCUGGCCAAAGGAAUGGGGAGAAUUUGAUGAAAAGAGUAUAUGUGUCGUGGCACCAUAUUUCAUGCAAAUUGCACUUUUACGACACCAACUGAGAUCUGUUGGUCUAGCUGGUGUAACGGUUGAGCGUGUUGGAAACGUUCAAGGCAAGCAGUACCGUGUAAUGAUUAUCAGUACUGUUCGAACGAAACUUCCGAAAGAUGUAGAAGACGAAGAGGAUGUAGACUUAGGGUUUUUGUCGAACAUCAAGCUCAUUAACACAGCGAUAACAAGGGCACAGUCCCUUGUUAUAGCAGUUGGGGAUCCCGUCGCACUCUGUACUAUUAGCAAGUGCAGAAAAUUCUGGGACAGUUUCAUAAGAGAAUGUAAUGAGCACAACUCGUUACAUGGACUGACUUUCGACACUAUACAGCGGCUGUGUCAACAGAGUCCACAUUCACUGAAUCCGGACGCGGAGGAGUUUUAUCCUUUGAAUGACCCUUUCGAAUCGACGAGGUCCGGUGCCUUUGGAACUGUACAAAGAAUAAGGACAAGAAAUAACAGCAUUGAAGAGAAUUGGAAAACGUACCGCUCGAAUCCAUCUGCACCUUCUAAGGCGAAAUCAGAACAAUACUGCAAAUGCUCCGUUGUAACCCCGACGACAACAGAAAGCGCAUUUCAUACAGCUUAUGUAGUUAAUGCGAGGCCUUUGUCUGUCGUCAACCCAGACAUGAAGGAUGGCAAUACAAAUAACAAUUUCAACGGAGGAACAGGACAAUUGCACAAUGUCCAUGCAGAUAUGACGCCGCGUCAAGAUCAAGACGGUGUAAAGGACAACAUGCAGACUUUAGGACAUGUAACAUUUUCGAAUGAAGGUAAUCAAGUGUCACAGCAAACGACACCAAUCGUAAUGCAGCCACAGGUUCAAAGCAGUAUGUCAUAUACGUAUUUCCCGAUACCAACUCCAGUAUUUAAUAUGAAGCCACCGAGUGCCUUAAUGAAUCCAGCCAUGAUUCAGAAACACAGCAAACAUCCAUACAAUCCUCCUCCACCAAAUUUCUCGUUUCCACCCAAUGUGUCGCAAUCUGUUUCACAACCGUUUUUCUGGAAUCAAAAUACUCCUCCACAACAAGGCAACUUUUAUGGAAACAACGUGAUGAACAUGUUUGCCGGUGCAAAUUAUGGUUUUAUGGGAGCGAACGGUCCAAAUGCACAACAGCAUUUCAACCCAGGAUAUAUGGGACCGAAUAUGUAUGGUGGUAACACUCAAACGCAAGUUCAGGGUCAGCAAUUAUACUACUUAAUUCCACCGAUGACGCAACCAGCUCCUCCACAAAAUUUGGCUGGUUCCCUCAACGUUAACCAUUCUUCAACCCCAUCGAUGAAUUUACCUCCUCAAACCAACCCGAGGACUGGCAUAAUGGAAGGGACAGCACUCGGUAACGAAUAUCGGACUUCUGCUGUACCCUUUUUGCGCGAUUCUCGAAUUAUACAGGAGAAACAGGAAGGGCCUAUAGUGCAGAAUUCUUCGACAAGUGGAUUUAAUAUUGACCGUUUUUGCCCUGAAACUACCCUCAAACCACCGACAAGAAAGUCAAGUAGUGUUGCUCACAAUGUAAAGGCUGACAAGGACUUACCAGAAGGACACACCUUAGCAAGUCAACUGCGUAGGAGUCAAGUCAGUGAGGCACUUUUGUCGUCUGAAAAUAUGCCAUCCAAAACAAAUCUGAAAACAGGAAUAAGUGCACAGGGACCAUGUCAUGAAAACGAGAGCUUUGUUUAUGGACCUUAUUUUAGUGAAAAUCUGGAAAAAUUGGAACAAAUUGGCAGACAGAGUCCAAACACUGUAUCAAAUAUGCAACAUAGUAGCGAAGGCAAUACCAGCAGAUCACAAACAGAGAUGCCAACAUCUGUAAAAGCCGCUAAAAGCGGAUAUAAUGAUAAGAAAACACCAGAGGAAUCGAAUUUUUUACAUACUUAUCCUAACACUCAAAGGCAUUGGCAGGAUAUUGGGGAUAUUGAGCGUGCUUCUUAUCCAAGAAACCAGAAAGGGCGUAAAAAUGGCAUACAUGCAGCAGAAAAUGCAGCAGACGUCUUAUGUCAAAACCGUCAAUUGUCUGAUCAACGAGAUGCACAGGAAAGUAAUGAGUUUAUUGCUGAAGGGGCAACAUACUGUACAGACAGUUUUAGCCUUCUGCGCAAACAAACACCUUCUACAAUAUCAAGUGAAGUUGAUCAAAUAAGGAAUGAAACAAAAAUGAGUAGAUCUAGUUCAAGUACCGAGGUACCGUUUCCUGUACAAACGACUGCGGAAAUACGUGCGGUCGACAUCAUGCACUUUGGGAAUAAAAAAUGCGUUGACGCAAGUCAAGAAUUCGACUCGAACGAAAAAUUGAAACUCUCUUCGUCGGGUAAAACGCAUACGCCUUUUGAACAGAUGCGUAAGUGCUCAGGAACCAACACGGCUUUUAAACGAGAUCCAGAAGUUCUUCCAGUCAAAUCGUAUUCGGAAAUUCUACAGUCUAGAAGGUAUUCACCUGAUGAACCGGAAUCAAAGGAUAUUGAGCGUGCUUCUUAUCCAAGAAACCAGAAAGGGCGUAAAAAUGGCAUACAUGCAGCAGAAAAUGCAGCAGACGUCUUAUGUCAAAACCGUCAAUUGUCUGAUCAACGAGAUGCACAGGAAAGUAAUGAGUUUAUUGCUGAAGGGGCAACAUACUGUACAGACAGUUUUAGCCUUCUGCGCAAACAAACACCUUCUACAAUAUCAAGUGAAGUUGAUCAAAUAAGGAAUGAAACAAAAAUGAGUAGAUCUAGUUCAAGUACCGAGGUACCGUUUCCUGUACAAACGACUGCGGAAAUACGUGCGGUCGACAUAAUGCACUUUGGGAAUAAAAAAUGCGUUGACGCAAGUCAAGAAAACGACUCGAACGAAAAAUUGAAACUUUCUUCAUCGGGUAAAACGCAUACGCCUUUUGAACAGAUGCGUAAGUGCUCAGGAACCAACACGGCUUUUAAACGAGAUCCAGAAGUUCUUCGCGUCAGAUCGUAUUCGGAAAUUCUACAGUCUAGAAGGUAUUCACCUGAUGAACCGGAAUCAAAGGAGUCGCAGAAUUCAGAAACUGGCAAAAAAGGAAUAGAUGCGGAGGUUUCAUUUCGUCCAAAAUACCGUCAGAUUUUGAAGAAAGUACCGAAACUGCCUAAACCACGUUUGGCAAAAGCAUCACAGAUGGAAGAGAAGUCAUUAACAGGUAUAGAAGAACAUACAACGACAGCUUCUCUUCUAAAGUCAACGAUAAAACCGACGUUGAAGAAAGGUCCAGGUCGUGUGUACAAGGAAACACGGCAAAACCUUUUCUCAUUGGCCCCUGCAAAUGCAAUCCCAUCUUCAACUUACGAACAAGACAGAUCAAACACAUCGAAGGGAAAAACAAACGACAAGCAAAACAGUAUGACGAGUAAGGGCGUGGCAGCUACAUGCCAGCCCCCAAUGACAAAAACACGCACCAAUAGAAGAUACUCAGAUUGCGUUACAUCUUUGACAAAAUACGCUAUAACGCAAGAAAAAGCGAAUUGUACUGGAACUGAACCACCAAAGGGCGAUUUAACGAUACGAACUGUCAUUGAUAAUUCCCAACAUAAUCUACAGAAGCGUGAUGAUACGGAACGUGAUGCAAAUAUCAAAAUAGAGAAAAACUUAUCAAACUAUGUACAAAAAUCGGCCGGUACCCCUUUUAUCGAAAUCAGAAGAAAAAGACCUAAACUAAAGGGAUCCAUACUAGACUUAUCCGAAGAACUGGAUGUUGCAGUGGAACAGCGUACAAUCAUUCAAAGAAAAUGCCCACCAUCUUGGGCAGAUAUUGUACGCGAAAAUCACCAAUAAUUAUAACAAUUCUUUGUAUGUGCAUGUAACUCGUUAAUUCUUAUCUCGAAAAGGCCAUGACUUUUCAUUUGUAUCUUUUUCUUCUGAUGUGUUUUGAAAUCGAUGGCUGUGACAUCAGCGAAAUGGUUAUAAAUGUAGAACAUGUAUUUAAGAGUUAAUGAAAGUACCGAAUGUUAAAUAUCUCCUUAUUUAUGUUUUUAUGUCUGGGCACAGUGUCAGAAGUGUACUGAAUGUAACUUUUAACCUUUAUUUUGUACAGUAAUUUUACAUAUGAUGCAUGAAAUUUCGCCUAUGAUUACAUUUGAUGCUCCUUUUAUUCUGAUCCGUAUACGAACUUAGUCCAGUUAUCUAACAUCGUUUUAGCCAAGUGAUCUGUGUUGAUGUGUACAUAGUGUGUCUCUCGUUAAGUUACUGUUUGGCUUUGGCAUUGUGCCUUUAUUGAUAAUUGUGAGAUUAUAGCCAUGCUUACUUGUUUUAGCCCCCAAUAGAGAUGAGUUCCAGUGAACUCUUGUUUCAUCGACAGUUCCACGGCGGUAAUUAAAUCAUUUAACGGUAAAGCAAUUUGAUGAGGGUAUGGGCUGUUUUCGUUUUGUAUUUGUGUUGUUAAUAUGUUUGUGUCUAUAGUUCAUUGUCGUUUGGGUCCUUGCCUUGAGCCCCUAAAUAUGGUUUAUGUUUGGGGGUUUUAUUACUAGGUUUGUCCCCGUAUUUUUGUUUAUACUAUUUACACAGAGUCACCGUAAAAUGUUUGUUUUCUGGAUUUUUUUAGCAUUUAUUUUAUAUUUGAUUUUUAAGUUUCAUUUUAUAGUUUUUUCUUUAUUUUGCUUUUUGACAUAAUGUUUAUCAAAAGUAGUUUUGCUGAAGCGCACUGUUCCUAAUCAAACGCAGAUAUAUAAAAACGUGCGUGUUUUAUUUCGUGUCUCAUAUGCUAAUAUCUAUUUUGUUUUUGACAUAUACAGUCGCUUCGUUGUCCUUUUGAACUUUAAUACCAUAUCUAUAUACUAAUUCAUUUUAUACUGUCGGAAAAUAGUUACAGUGCAUAACAAAAAAUCCAAUCAGAGCAUAAGAAGUUUCGUAAUUACAUGUUGUGCCCCCAAAUUAAUUAACGUAUCUAUAUAAGUACCUCUCAUUACAUGUGCCGUCUUUUUUAGAACAAGGUCAAUUUAAAAUGUUGCCUAAACGGUUAUUGUGUUCUUUUUUGAGGUUUUGAAUGCACAGUACGUUUAUUCUUCUAGUGCAUUUUUAUGACAAACUUUAGUUCGUUUAAAACUUGAUACAUAUGUUUGCUUUUUGCUGUGUUGUAAAAAAAUUGCUCUGAGGAUUGUAGAUUGCUAAUAUAUACGACAUAGAUAGAUUUUUAAAUAACUUGUGAGGUAAGUCCUCCCAAUGAGCUUCUGUGGCGUUGACACUUCCAAGAGAGUAAAACAAAUGUUGGGUAAAUGCAAGAUGUUACCAAUACCAAAAUUUUAGUGUCGUUUGUUGCCUUUUGGCAUUGGCACCACGAGUUUAUAAGUAUUGCUACAGUUUAUUUGAGAAAAAAACCUAUAAACGUGGCCAGCUUAGUGGUCCAGCCUAAACGAAAUUGUGACAUUUAUGUGGUGUGUUUUUGUCUUAAAUUUAGAAUGUCUCUUGUUGAUCUUCUGCUUGUCCUUUUAUGAUGUGACAUUGUUUUCCUGCUUAGUUUGUCCUUGUAGUUGUAAUGUAUUGUUUAACUAUUCUUAAAUACAUUUUCACUCACCUUUACAUUCACUACCCACUACCAUGAUAUGGCUGGCCAAAUGUAAUAACAUGUUUAUGUUUUAUAUAUUUGUAUAAUGAGAUGCUUGUUUCAUAAGUAAAAACUAAUCUUAC